GUCUUCGUUCCCUCCCGCAAGAGCAGCCCUGGAAGCUGCCUUUUUAAAACCUUUCCCUUAAAAUAAAAAUCUGGGCUGGCUGCCCAUCUAUCCCGGCGCUCUGGCUGACACCCGGCUCGUUUGCUACUUGAUGCUUUGAUGAAGCGGAGACGCCAGGAACCUCUGCCUGUGGAGCUCGUGGUUCUGCCGCUGAACUGUGGCCCGUCAUGGGAGGCUCUUCUACUGGGGCGGGGGCAGGGACCAAUUCUCAGAGGAGCAAAGAGGUUGUGAAAGAGAAAGUAAAGGGGAAGCUCCUACCAGGGCUGAGGUUGCUUCUCGCACCAGGAAGGGAAGAGGAAUUGAGCCUGCAAUGUCUGCCAACGCCUGAAGUUAAGGGUUCUCCUUGCCUCAGGGGACUCAUCCAGAAGAGAAGAAAGAAAGGCCUCAAGCAUGAGUCAAGACUGAGUCAGCUUUGCUGCAGGCAGAUGACUCUUCAGGAAUGAUGGCUGGUCCCAAUAAGUUCUACGAGGAGAUCACCAGUGAGCAGGUGAAGGAUUUCCGGCUCAUUGGCCAAGGGGCCUUUGGCACCGUCUACCAAGCACGGCACCAAGACUGGGGGAUUGAUGUUGCAGUGAAGAUUCCCAACAGCAAUACGUCCUUCACCCGGGAGGAGCUCCUGCAGGAAGCCCGUGCCAUGGACGAGGCACGUUUCACCUACAUCCUGCGUCUCUUUGGCCUCUUUGUGGGUGAAGCGCAGGUAGACGCAAAAGUGCUGGGCUUUGACAAUGUUGCAGGUCCACGUCUGGGCCUUGUAAUGGAGUUCAUGGAGAACGGCACCCUGUCCACCUUGACGUAUCGGGUCCCUUCCAUGCCUUGGGCCCUACGAGUCCGCAUCCUCCACCAGGUGGCGCUGGGGAUGAAUUUCCUCCACAGCCUCAGCCCUCCCUUGUUACACUUGGACCUCAAGCCAAGCAACGUCCUACUUGACGGGGAGCUCCAUGUCCGGGUGGCCGAUUUUGGAUUAUCCAAAUUCAAGCGAGGAACCACUCGGCAUGACAGCCUCACUUCUGGGGAAGAAAAUGCAUAUGGCGGGACGCUGGAGUUCAUGCCCCCUGAGGCCUUCACCGAUGUGAACUACAAGCCAACCCCAGGCGCAGAUGUCUACAGUUAUGGGAUUCUCAUGUGGUCAUUGCUAACUAAUGAGGAUCCUUAUUCAAAUGUACCCCCUGGCAAUGUGAGCUCCAUCAUCAAAAAGCUGAUCCCCCAAGGCCAAAGGCCAAGCACUGAAGUUCUGGAGAAGAUGAUCAAUAAAGUGUGGAAAGUAGAAGACCUGAUCGGGAUGAUGAAAUGGUGCUGGCAUCACGACAAGACCCAAAGGCCUUCCUUCCGAGACUGCAGCCAAAAGACAGAGGUUGUGUAUUCCUACUACAAACCGCAGAUUAUGGGUGCCGUUCGCCAAGUCCAGGAUAGUUUGGUGCGAAUGGAGAGCUCUCUUUCAAAGGAAACCAGGGUCAAUUCAGGUCUGAUACUUCGGGGAGCCAGUUCUGCCCAUCAGAUACCAGAGUUGGUAUACCAGCCUCCGCUAACCUCUUCCUCUGGAUUAGAGGAACGUUUUGCGACUUUUCAUCUGACAGAACCUCCAUCCAGACAAAAUGAGGCUGUACCCAGGGAAACUUUUUUCAAAAGAGACCGAGAAGGGAAAUGUUCUGGGCUUCAACGCAGUCGCAGUGCCUGCAUCAGGAAAGGAGCCCAGGGCCCAGGAGGUGAAAUGCCUCAUAAUGCAGAGGUGAAGAUGCGAAAUCGGACCGGGCCUACAGGUGACAAGCCACGCCCCCUUUCUGACACUUAUCCCUUUCCACCACGUUUGCCCUACCACUUUGGAUUCCAGCACUAUCCACAGUCAUUCUAUUCCCCCCACCAAGAAGUUGGAUUCCUUCCCCCGCACCAAGAUGUAUCCUGGGACCACUCCCUCCUGCCACACUUUAGCCUUGGAGCUCCUCAGGGACAUGGUGGUGGAAUCCAUAUCACUGGCCAUGACAUCUCGGGACUCCAGGUUGGAGACUAUAACUCCAUGUACCUUAAACAUGAUCCUGAGAAACCCAGGAAACAGCAUUAAUUGAUGCCUAUGGAGCAUGGAUGAUUUCUUAUGGACAAUUCAGUUUUCUCUGCUUGGAGGGUCAAAUUCACAUAUCCCCUUCCCAGAGUACCAUGAUCUAUCUUCCCUGCACAAUUCUCAUGAGAAUGUUAAGAACUCCCUCCCAGAAUUAAGCCAAGACACACACCCACACCAACUGAAUCCGGAUGUGGCAUUGUUUUUGACUUGGUGGGGUGACCCAAUCUGGAAGUUUGAAGCCAAACAUUAUCUCACAAGAACAUAAGAAGUUGCCUUAUACCGAGUCAGAUCAUGUGUCCAUUUAACUCAGUAUUGUCUACACUGACUGGCAGCAGCUCUCCAGGGCUUCAGGCAGGAGUCUCUCCCAGCCCUAUCUGAAGAUGCCAAGGAUUGAACUUGGGACCUUCUGCAUGCAAGGUAGAUGCUCUUCCUACCACUGAGCUAUAGCCCUUCCCCAAACAUCCUUACUGGAUAAGUCCCCAUUGACUCACCAUCUUGCCCAGUGUCUGACAGUGGUCGUCGAUUGAGGUUUGGGAGUCAGAUGCUCAAAAGCUCACACCAAAAAUAAAUUGGAAAUGGUUGUGCCAUCCUUACACGUAUGAAGGUCUGGGGACAGCUUGCAAACUGGAGUAUUUUGUUAAUGGACAGGGAUAUAGUGAAAAUUAAAGUGGAAGGUAGUGGGGAGAGGGGGUGCGAGUGUUUUCAUCAGGUGUUUCCCACACAAAAAUAUGUCCCAGGACAUACCAUGAACAUCUAGCACAGUCAUCCCACCAUCUCAACUGGUGUCUAGUUAAUACUCCACUCCCCAUUAUUGUUGCAGGAUAAGUUAGUGCCUGAUGGCCAAACUGAUGUAGUCGUCCGUGGUCUCGGGCAGUCUUAGACCUUUCUCUUUUUUGGGAGCAGGAUCCCAAUGAGCUGAUUAGCAUGAAAGGGGAGUGUGUUAGCCACUGAGAAGAGUCUUCUAACAUGGUUGUUCUUUCCUGCUGGUUGGAACCAAUCAGAGUGAAAGGAGGUGAGUUAGCCAUUGAGAAGACUUUUCAGUAGUUAGCACUCCUUUCAUGCUUAUUGGCUCCUAGGGUCCUCUGUUGUGGGAGAACACAUUAACAACAAUCUCAUUCUCAACCUAGCAGCAAAAGAAAAAAAGGGGAGGGGGAGUGGCUGUGGCUAUCAUGAAGGAACCCUGCUCUUCUGAAUUUGCCACUACACUGCUGUGGCCAAACAGUACACUAAGUCAGUGGUAGGGAAUCUUUUUCAGACAGAGGGCCACAUUCCCUUCUAGGCAGCCUUUUGGGGUCCAGAUGCCAGCAGUAGGUGGCAAAAUGCAUGGAGCAAGCGAUGUUAUGUUACCUUUGUACAAUAGGCUUGUUUCUCUACACACUCCUCUCUCUCCUCUUCCCAGGCAAGCAAGAGGCAUUGUCAGAGUUUAAGGGCAUUCUGGCCAGGCAAAACACUUAAGGAGGGCCAGUGAAGGGUGUGGUCAGGUUCCUGAGGGCCAGAUAGAGAGACCUGGGGGGCCGCAUGAAGAGCUUUUUUUUUUCCACUGGGGAAAAAGGCCGGAGGGGAGAAAGAGUUAAUCUUCCCCUCCCUCACACUGCAAUCCCAAACCAGAUCAGCCCUGGCCCCCAAAGCUGCUUUUGUUAAGGAAAGGAAAAGGCUACUUGUAAGCAUGUUAGUUUAAAACACCUCCAUAAUGUAAUGCAUAUCUUUUGUCAAGAGGAGCUAACUGCCUUGCAAUGUUAUUCACGAUGGUUGGGCAAUCCUUGGUGAAGGACAUUGGGCGCUUCCAGACUGUCACUAUUUUCAGGUGAGGAAUGUGCGUGCGUGCUUGCAUGUGUGUCAUGCACCUGCAGGUUGGUGACCCAUGCCGCUGCUUGAAAUGGCGAGCUGGAGACUCUCCCCAUGAGCAGAGUUCCUCUGUUUUUAAGUGACAGCUGGGGUGCUUUGCCCUCUUUGUGCAUGGAGCCCACACAUGUGGAAAGAACAUGUGCUCAUCAGAACCAUGGGUGGCACUAACACCAAAGGGCAACAGUGGGUUUUGUUUUGUUCUCUCUCUGCAAUUUGAAUUCUCAGUUUUUAUUUCCCCCCCCCAAAGGAGAUUUCAUACACAUGAAAUAUUUUCAAAUACGUGUAUUAAAAAACAACAACCAAAAACCACAGUUACAGUGUGUGUGGUGGGUCUUGAGUAAACCUGGCUUGUUUUGGUUUUUUAAUGUGCUUUCAUUUUUUAAUUAAAAAAAUGUGGAUGUACAGAAGUAUAUAAAAUCUUUGCA